AACAAAAUGUCUGCUGAUCAUUUGCAGUUCUUGAAGAACAAGUUCAUUCUGGACUUGGAAGACGCGGAGGAGGAACACUCCGGGGAAAAUGAGAUCCCCCUUCUCGCUCAUUUUCUACAGAUUAGAGAUGCGUUGAAAGCAAAGGACAUCACGGCAUCUACACCCAUCAGAUUGAAGAAUUGUCUAUACAACGCCAUCAGCGCAUUAGAAGAGUGCGUGGUGUUGUCGGAGAAGCGUGAACCCCGAAAGAAGAAGGAUGGUCCGAUGCAUGGAUACACUCUGGCGGAGCAUUGGAUUUUGUGCAAAACCAGAAAGUUGUUGGUUCAAGUAAAGAGAAAGCUUACUGCUCCGGCUGAUGCCAUUAUUCCUGGUAUGACCGACAUGGCGGGAAGUUCAUCCUCCACCUCCUUACCACUUAUUCCAAGACCAAACCCCGAGAAUUCUAAAUAUCGGAGCGUUUCAGGUUUUGAUGAACAAUUAAACACAAUUUCAGAUCGACUUCGGAAGACAGGGGAGGGAUUUCAGGAAAUUGGAAUCGUGGGGAUUGGGGGCUCGGGUAAAACCGCUCUGGCCCAAUUGGUUUUUACCCAAUCCGAUGAGAGGUAUUUCCGGGAUUACAGAAUUUGGAUAUGCUUAUUCCGGAAACUGAGUGGAAAUGUAAGGUUUAAGAAGAUGAUAAAGGACAUGUUGAAGCAGUGUAAGGCAGUGGGGGAUUAUGAAGAUUUUGAUGAAGAAGAGCAGAGUGAGGAAGCAGCAGCGGUGGAUGAUGAAGACUACGAUGGGGUAGAAGUGGAAGAGCUGUUGGAGAAUCUUGGGAAAGCUUUGAAGGGUAAAAGGUAUUUGAUGGUGUUGGACGGCAUCUGGGACAUCAACAUCCACUGGUAUUUCAAGUUAAAGGAAAAGUUGAAGUCUCUAACUGGUGAUGGUGAUGGGCACGUCAUCAUCACCAGCCGACUCCCCCACAAAGCAAGAAUGAUGGUGGGCCCUCACAAUCUGUAUCACAUGCAGCCUCCAUUAGAAUCCAUGGAGGACAUGUGGCAAUUCGAACUAAUAUUGGGUAGGCUUAAAAGGUAUAAGUUGAAAUUGAAGGAUGAGGCUGUAGAGCAAUGUGAUGGCCUCCCAUUAGCAAUGCACACAUUGGCAGCAGUGAUUGAAGACCAGAUCCUGGGAGACAGGAAUUUAUUUUGGAGUGGACCUGUGUUGGUCAACCUUGAAGAUGAUCCUAUAUUGGGAAAUGAGCUUUUGUUAUCAUGGCGUACCCUCUCACUUAGAGAAGAAUGGGUUUGGUUUUAA